AUGUCAAGUCGCCAAGAAAGUAUUGUCGAUGAUUCUGUGUGUCAAGGGAUCAAAGAGACAGCAGUAACAUUGACUGGAAAAGAAUUGACAAUUGAGAAUGUUGUAGAGAUUGCUCGUUACGGCUAUCCAGUUGAAUUGACGGACGAUGCUCUAGUAUAUAAAAAAAUGAAAGAUUCUUGUGAUUUUGUUAAGAACGCAGUGAGUGCAGGAAGACCAUUGUAUGGCGUGAACACAUUAUUUGGUGGAAUGGCUCAUUCAUAUGUGUUAGCUAAGCAUGAGUCAACGUGUGAAUUACAAAACAAUUUGCUGUAUUUUCUUAAAACUGGUACCGGUGCAUAUCUGCCUUCGGAAGAUGUAAGAGCAGCAAUGUUAUUAAGAGCAAACUCACAUCUGAUCGGUGCCUCCGGUAUUCGAAUGGAAAUUGUUUCCCGUCUAUUAACCUAUAUAAAUAAACAAAUAACGCCAUUAGUACCAGAAUUUGGUUCGAUUGGUGCUAGUGGCGAUUUAAUCCCGUUAGCAUAUAUUGGUGGUUCAAUAUGUGGAACAAAUGAAACAUUCUUAGUCGAUUAUCGUGGCAAAACAAUAAAUGCUGUUCAAGCAUUGGAACAUGCUAAGUUAGAAAAGAUUAGUUUAUUACCAAAAGAAGGAUUAGCAAUGACGAACGGUACAAGUGUGAUGACAGCAUCAGCCACAAUUGCUAUUCAUGAUUCAUUAAUUCUAUUUGCUGCCACGCUACGUAUGCAUGCAAUGGCGAUGCAAGCAAUGCUCUCCGAUGUUCAACCAUUUUAUCCGUUUAUACAUCAGCUGAAACCACAUGCAGGACAGCAAUUAGUUGCCAGAACAAUGUUAGACUUAUUAUCUGGAAGUAAAAUGAUAAACGAUUGUUCAAUUGAAAUUCAUCCGAAUGUAUUAAUACAAAAUCGUUAUUCAGUUCGUUGUAUUCCACAGUAUCUCGGUCCAUUCAUCGAAGCGAUUCAUGAUAUUAGACGAAUAGUUGAAAUUGAAAUUAACUCCGCAAAUGAUAAUCCAUUAAUCGAUGGAGAAAAUCAAAAAGCUUAUGUUGGUGGAAAUUUUCUCGGGGAACACAUAAGUACGAGUAUGGAUCGUUUGAGAUAUACUAUUGGUUUAAUAUCAAAACAUAUUGAUGUUCAAAUAGCCCAAGUGGUUAUGCCUGAAUUUAGUAAUGGUUUACCUGGUUGUUUAAUUGGAAAUAGGGAACGGGAAGCGAAUAUGGGUGUUAAAGGCCUACAAUUAUGUGGUAAUUCUAUCAUGCCCUACUUACUAUUUUUGGGAAAUUCAAUUGCAGAUAAAUAUGCCACACAUGCUGAACAAUAUAACCAAAAUAUCAAUUCAUUAGGACAAAUGUCAGCCUUGUUAGCACGACGGUCAACUAUGAUUUUGCAACAACAUAUAGCAGUAGGAUUUUUAAUAUUUGUACAAGGACUAGAUUUAAGAAGCAAAUUAAUACAAAAUACCUAUGAUCCAAGAAAAUUAUUAUCGACACCUAUUCUUAAAACAUACGACGCUAUCCGUGAACUAAUUCAGGUUCCAAUAUUAAAUGAAAAGCCCUAUAUAUGGAAUGAUAAUGAACAAUCUCUCGAUAAACACAUUCAAUUAGUAGCCGAUAAUAUAACAAACAAACAUUCCUCAUUGUAUCAAUCGUUGCAGCCAACAAUUGAGUCAUUAAAAAACUAA